CCAGGGGGCCUGGGAUCUUCGUGCUCCUCCUCUCCUGGACCGUCACGCUCUACACGCUAUGGCAAAUGGUGGAGAUGCACGAGAUGGUGGAGGGCAAGCGCUUCGAUCGCUACCACGAGCUCGCGCAGGAGGCGUUUGGCGAGCGCCUGGGGCUGUGGAUCGUGGUGCCGCAGCAGCUCAUCGUCGAGGUCGGCGUCGACAUCGUCUACAUGGUCACCGGCGGGAAAUCGCUCAAGCGAUUCUACGAGCUGGUGAGCUGCGCGCCCGACGCGACCGGAUGCAAGCACAUCCGGCAGUCGUAUUGGAUCCUGGUGUUCGCGUCGAUCCACUUCGUGCUGGCGCAGCUCCCCAAUUUCAACUCCAUCUCGGGGAUUUCGCUCUCCGCGGCGGUCAUGUCUCUCAGCUAUUCCACGAUCGCCUGGACGACCGCGAUCCCCAAUGCCGGGGGGCCGGAUGUGAGCUACAGCUAUCCUCACUCCCCAUCGGCAGCCAACACGGUGUUCAAGGUUUUCAAUGCGCUGGGAAUGAUCGCGUUCGCCUAUGCCGGGCACAACGUUGUUCUUGAGAUCCAGGCAACCAUUCCAUCCUCGCCGAGCAAGCCGUCCAAGGGCCCGAUGUGGAAGGGAGUGGUGGUGGCGUACAUGGUCGUGGCGAUUUGCUACUUCCCGGUGGCUCUCAUCGGCUACUGGGCAUUUGGGAACGAUACUUCUUACGACAACAUUCUCCAACACAUCGGUACUCCACACUGGCUCAUCGCUGCUGCCAAUCUCAUGCUCGUUGUUCAUGUCAUUGGCAGCUACCAGAUUUACGCAAUGCCUGUGUUUGACAUGCUCGAGACGCUUCUUGUCAAGAAGCUCCACUUGCCUCCUGGCGUUUGCCUCCGUCUCAUCGCCAGAACAGUCUACGUUGCAUUUACAGCGUUUGUAGCGAUCACAAUCCCGUUCUUCGGAAAUCUUCUCGGUUUCUUUGGAGGAUUUGCACUAGCGCCCACAACUUAUUUCCUACCGUGUAUAAUAUGGCUGGCAGUGUACAAACCCAAGCGAUUCAGCUUUUCAUGGCUCGCAAACUGGAUAUCGAUCGUGCUGGGCGUGCUGCUAAUGAUAGCAGCCACAAUCGGGGGAUUCCGGAACUUGGUAAUGGAUGCGUCGACUUACAAGUUCUAUCAGUGAUUUAGAAUGUCAAACAAUUGAAAGUGAGACAAAUAGCAUCUCCAAGGAUUCUCGUGGCAUAAUCACCGGUCGCAUUGAAAGCUCUGGUACGAGACAAUUACUUGUUUGGUUGCUGUUGCGUUCAUCCUGUCUCUCUUUUCUUCUUUCCUCGUUGUGUGGACACAUUCAUUAGCAUAAGACUAAGAGAGGUGACCGGCACUAGCCAGUGCCCGAGGAGCGGCACCGGCUGAGCCGGUUGGCGCCAAAAGCUUCCUUUCAGAGGUCAAAACCUCGAAUAUACUAUAGAUUCGCUGUCUCUGAAAAAUAGAUGUAUUUUUAAUGGGUCCCAUUUAAUGCCAUUUAUGGGGAGUCCAGGUCA